AUCACUCGGACGCCGCCCGCGCCGCACGCCCCGUCGACCCAAGCUCGCACGCUCAAAGCCGCACCACGCGAAAAAACACAAUAAAACCAAUCGACCCCGAGUGACCCCAAAAGUGCAUACCGAGCGGCCGACACGAACGAAACGACUUCGCGAAUACACAGAAUUAAAUAAACUAACACUAACGCUUUGCAGUAACACGUGAGCUUUAUUAACUGUUAUUAUUUAUAAGUUAUCAUUAACAUAAAGGUGGAAAUUAAACUGUGCACUCGAAGACAUCACAAGUUUAAGCGAUUGUUUAAAUUUAAAUGGUAACGGGCGAGCUGUGUUAGCGGCCGGUGGCUGUGCCAGACACAGAAUGUCAGAAGGCGACGUGUCUUUGAUCCGCGACGAAGACUUACUGCGCCGCAUGUGGCAGCAGACGGAGGACUUCUCUCGCAAGAAAGAAAUCCGUGCGCACAUGUACCGACUGCGGGAGGAACGGCUGCGCGACCUCUACUCGCCCGAACCCACCAGAGAUGGGAAAGAUCUCAAAGCGCUGUCGAACGCUGGCUGGAAUGUGGAGUCCGAGAACAAGACCACAGACGACGGGCACACGCAUGUCAAGUCCGUGCACGCCAACAUCGAAGGCCGGUACGAUGUGGACGGUGGUAAAGGCCAGUUUGCGGCCGUUGAUCACCAUAAAGAAGCUGUCACCGAGUACCACGACGACCACAGCAGCUUGAAGCGGAACCAAACCUCGUCCAACACGGCGGCGCGCGAAUAUGUCGUGCGCAACACUGACGACGGGACUCAGAUUUCGUCCACCACCAGCUCUUCCACGUCGUCUUCCAAGUUCCAGCAGAUGUCUUCGACGAGACAUGACACAGUGCCAUAUUUGACUAACGACGACUAUGACCUAAGAAGUUACGAUACUAACCGUAAUGAGGACGCGUCCUCUAUGACCAGAAGACAAAUUAUAAAAACCAACGAGUACGAUCAAAGCACGGAGAAUGAUUACGAACAAAAUUUGAGAAAGAAUGAGUACCAGCAGCAUGUAAGCAGAAAUGAUUACGAGCAAAACAUCACGAAGAACAAUUAUGAUAGCGUGAAGAAAAAUAACUACGAACAAAAUGUAAGCAGAAAUGAUUACGAGACUGGGGAACUCGUAUCUAGAAAGAUAGACUACCCCGAUGAUAACACCAGAGUCAUCGUGGAGACGCGGUGCCUACCUGACGGAACUCGUGUCACCAGCACCAAGAGAGAAUUUCGGGCCCCAGUACAAAGUACCCGUUCUGAGCAAUCUUACCAAAUUAGGGAAAAUAAGUCCUAUUCCACUCAACAGCGAUCUGACGUCAAAGAGUCCUCGAAAACUACUCGGCACGUAACAGACAACCGCGUAACUGAUAUCGUUGAUUCUCAAAGAAAUGUUGAUGAUAAUGAUUUCAAAAGGCAAAUAGCAGAUUACACAAAAGAUAACAAAGACUAUUCGGAUGUAAAACUUUAUGAAACUAAAAUAAACAAAAGAGUUGUAGAUCAUUCUAAUGCUGAUGAUAACUACUCGAAAACAUCUCGGCACGUGACCAAAGUUACAAAGGAAGUUACUGAUAAUGAUGAUUAUGUCCAACGUCAGCAACGCACAGAUCAGACCCACCACCGCCAAUACGUUGCCGUCGACCAACGUGAAACAACAACGCGUGACACUAAAACAGACACGUUAACACCACGUAGUGACCGUCCAGACAAUUUAACUAAGCAGAAAGAACGUCCUGAGUCGCUUACACCGCGUCGUGAUCAUCCUGAAACAAUGAAGCCAAGUGAUAAUAAUCAAGAAAAUAUAGAACCUAAUGAUAAUCGGCCUCGUCAGCAAAGAGAUUCUAUUCACCAAGAAACUAUUAGUACUGAAGAAAAAACUCAUGUCAUUAAAAGAGAAAACAAAGCAGAAGAAAGUGUAGAGAGAAAAACCAGCACCGAUCGUUAUCAAACCACAUAUCAAACUGAUUUUCCUCAAAAGAAAAUCAGCAAUGAUUGGAGUCCUUCCCAUCAGGCGUGGGCCAGCACACUGCGCGCUGAUACUCCUACUACUACACGACCAUCGACCCGAGCUUCUUCUCCGGGUAGUAGAACCUUCAGGUCAAGUACGUCUUCUUUAAGGAGUAGUGUAAGCCCUGAUAAAAUAACCAGAAAGCCAUCAAGCCGAGGUGAAAGUCCCAAUAAAAUUGAUAGAUCAUCACCCACCCGCAAAGUAGUUGAUAAACAUUCCGUAACACAUUCCACACAUUCUGUAACUGAAGUUAAAACGCACAAAAAUACAACCCUUGAUGACAAACGACCCCCAACUGGACGUUCGCCAACAAGGCCUGGUUAUAGCCCGGAACGAAAACCCCAUGACCAUCGUCAAAGACCAAGCGUAAGUCCAGAAAAAAGACCUCAAGACUUGGCUUUCAGACCCAGUGUAAGCCCAGACAGGAAACUGAUAUAUAGAUCAUCUCCUACUGAUAACUAUCCUAGAACCAGUUCACCUUCUCGUCCUCUGGAUCGCGGUGAAUCUCCGACGCGACCACGAGCAAGCCCUGAGAGGGAUUCACCACACAAAACCACGCCGACCGAUAAAAAUCCUAGAACUAAGUCGCCAUCUCGUCCUCUGGAUCGAAAUGAAUCUCCAAUGAGACCACGAACGAGCCCUGAGAGAAACUCAUCAAACAAAGAAACUGACACUGAUAACUAUCCUAGGACCUAUUCACCAACUCGUCCUCUAGAUCACAGUCUUUCUCCAACACCAGAUAAUGUCACUAAGGAUACGCUUAUUAAAGCAGGUCAGACUUCUGAACGCAAACAACCCUAUAAUAGUCAGCCCGACUGGACUUCCGAGUUACCCAGGCAUAUUUCACCUUCUCGGCCUCAUCCUACGGAAAGUAAGGUAAGGCCUGGUAAAAGUCCAGAUCGCAAACCUCAGUCAAGUGUUCCUGCUACCGACGAUACUUCACCUAAAAGAGGAAGUGUAAGUCCUGAUAGAAAACCAGGUUACACGAAGCCAACAUCUGCCAGCAGGCCUUCAGAAAACUUGAAAGGUAGAACCUCCCCAUCAAAACAAAUACCCUCACAAAGUCCAGAACGCAAGCCCCAAAAUAAUUCAAAAACGACAAUUAAAGUUAAAGAUGAUCAUUAUAAGUUUAUUGAUGAAGAAACAAAAAUGUAUUCGCGUAUUGAAGAAACUGAAAUCAAUAAUUUGAAACCCUCGCCAACCGAUUUCAUACGAACAAUACCAAAAGAAACAAUUACAAAAAGUAGUCCAACUAAAGACACCCCUGACUUUCGCGAUGCCACACCGUCAAGGAGAAGGUCUCCAUUACCUAAACAGCAUGUCACCUUAACUAAUCAAUCUAAACGAGUCGAUACAACACAAUUAACAACAGAUAAAGAAAUAAAUACAAAGUAUUCGAUCCCAAAAGAUAAAAGUAAUUCAAGUGACAAAACAACGCCCAGGGAACCAUCUCCUAGUAAAUAUGGAACUUAUGAUAAAAAGAAACCUUACGAAGGUGACGACACCGAAGCUGUUAGGAACACAGUCGUAAUGACUGAAGACAACAAAUUCGGUUCACAAACGCAUCGUGCAAAAUCUCCCAAGAAAACGCCGAGUCAACCAAGUUCCCCAACAAAAAAAUCACCUCGCGAUAGUGUAUCUCCCAUAAAAUCUCCUACAAAAGAUUCUAAGUUUAAACACACUACUGAUUUUAUGUCAACAGAACAAAAGAACGAAGAGGUAAAUAAAACUGUGACUAAAGAACAUCCGAGACGACUGAUUACUCCAUCUUCGAGUCCUACUAGGAAGCCUAAACCAACUGACACGGAGCCAUCAACUGGUCAAAGCUCUCCGACUACUUCUGUUAGUGGUUUUGUAUAUUUUAGUUCUCCUAGAAACGAAAAAACUGUUGUUACUGAUUUAGAUGAGCAAGAAACUUAUUCGGAGACGAACGUGGUAGAUAAAACCACCACUAUUUACAAGAGACCUGAAAGUCUCAGUGUGAAUAGACCUCAAUCACCCACUAAAAUACCGUGUAGGUCACCUUCUCCGGAAAAGCGUAUAUCUCCACCUAAGGACUCCCUGCCAAGAAAAAGUUCCUUAAAGAAACCUUCAAAUGAGAUAACACAAGCGUCUCCAAUUGAAAAGCCACCGUCUAGUUUCAGUGUGUCACCAACGGAAGAUUCGAAAGAAUUCCCUAAUCAUAAAAUAGUGAAAAAAGACCACCCAAAAACACCUGACACUGAAGCACCUACUGGCAAACAAAAACCACCACUAGAACGCAGAGAAACCUAUGAAGAUCGCUGUCGCAAGAUCCUUGGUAUGAUGGAUGACACCACUACAACUACUGUCACAACAAAGAAAACUUCUCACUUAAGGGAACCGGAAGAAAACCUAAGUUCUCCUAACUUUUCUCCUUGUCGUAGUCCUGCUACAAAAGAAACUCCCUUUGAAUAUCCUUCAAUAAAGAAAACCACUAAAACCAAAGCUGAUGUUACUGAUUUCAUUAUACACGAACAACAAAAUGUUAUUCAGAAGACAACUACUCACAUUGACAAGUUACAUGAUGAAAACACGAAAUCGCCAAGAGGAACUUCACCAACUAAACUUCAAAAUAUUUCAAUAAAUACAGAGAAAGAUGUUCUUGGUGCCAAAAAAGUUCCUUUUCCUAGACAAAGUCCUGAACGACAAUCAAUUUUUGAUGAAGAUUCAGUGCUUCAUAAAAGUACUAAAACUAAUUUAAGUCCCGAUAAAAAACCACAAAAUGAACAAACUAUUAAGAAACCUGAAGAUAAACACCCAACAGACUUGAUUUCAGAAACUAAGGACUUUAUCGGAAUUACAUCAAUCGUUUCUACCAAAGAUGAAAUUUCAACUCAAGAAAAGAUAUCACGCUCUUCAGAGUCCCCUACAAGAAAACCCGGGCAACAGCCUGAUAAGAUUACAGAACGUAAACCCAGCGACCAUAAAAAUAUUCCAACCAAAACCAAUCUGGAUUACGAAGAAUUCAUAAAAGAAAAAUCACCUUCCCUACCUAAUUAUAAUAAAACAACAACAACAACUUCUAUGGUUGUUGAAUACGACUCCACUUCUACCAUUGAAGAUGUAGAAGAGUCUGUUCCUGCAGGAAGUGACCGUUCAGAACAAAAUAUCCAGCCAUCUGAUGUGCCCACACGCCAAAAACCUAAGGCUGUAAAUGAUACUCCAACAAAACAUUCCUUUUCUUCUGAUAAAAGUCCGGAUCGCAAAGCGAGUUUUGACAAACCUUCUACCAGAGCAAGCCCCGAGAAAAAACCCAAAGAAUCAUCUCCAUCAAGAACUAGCCAUGGGACGACUGUAACUUCAGUAACUGAUUACGAGAUCACUUCAGCUGAGGAUAUACAAGAACAUAGCACUCUUAACAGGGUUAAAUCAAGAAGAAGUCCUAGAGUUUCUGAAUCUCCUACACGAAAGAGUCCAAAGUCUGCAGAUGAUACUCCAUUGCACUCUACUUACACAAAUAAUCGCAGUCCAGAUAGGAAGAUGGACAACCGAGAGAAAACAUCAAGUGUCAGAUCUAGUCCUGAAAAAACUUGUACUGAUAGGUAUAAAAAAGAUGAGUCUCCGACCAAGCAUGACAAUGUGCCCGGUUACAUGAAAACAACUAAAUCUGCCACAUCAAAAAGUGAAAUUAUAUCAAGGGAUGUGGAAGAAGCAACGUCAUUCAUAACAACAGAAAAACAAGUUUCACUUCGUUCAUCAGAAUCACCUACUAGAAAGGCUUCUGAAACAAAAGAUUACCCUCGUACUAGUUCUCCACCUAGAUCUACUGAACUUUCUGAUAGAAGUCAACAAAAUAAACUAAAAAAUGAAACUCCACAAAAAAGGACAAGCCCUGAAAAACAAGACCUUCAUAAAAAAGAACCAUCGCCAACCAGAGUGAAACCGAUUUCAGAGCAAACACCUGGGUAUAUGAAGGCGAUUUCAUCUCAUGUACAUAGGCACAACUUAUCGCAAAAUCAUACGAUAGAGUCUAUUGAACGAAUGCAUGACCAUCCCCGACCGCUUUCGCCAUCUAAACAACCUAGAGAAAACAACUCGCAUAGGGAACACGUAAGUCCUGAUCGCAAGCAAGAAAGGCCAGAAUCAGCUGAUAAAGAACCUCGAGAAACUUCUUCUUCUAAAUCAAGCCCGGAUACUCCUAACUACAUGAAAAAGACUUCUGCCAGCAUUAGAAAACUUUCCAAUGAUCACGUGGAAACGUCUACUAAAACAAUCGAUAGUUCACCAAAAACACCUCACAAACAAAGCAGUCCAGACGGCAUCCUAAAACAUGGUAGUUUUUCACCCCGAGAAAGUCCUGAGAGGCAUACACAAGAGAGAAUUCCUAAGGAAACUUCUCCGAUAAGAAAACCAUCAUCAAUCACCCUUGUGGAUACAAAAGAAUCUAAUUACGUAGAAUCUACAACCACCUCAAAGGACAUUAAAACGACUACUACGACAAACGUCACGGAAAAAGAUCACUCCAUUUUACAGCGUUCCAGCACCUCCCCUCCGAGAAGUGCUUCUAAACAUGUAGAAAGUUCCAAACCCACUGCAGAAUUACCUAUCAACCGUCAUUCUGAUAUUUCAAUAAAGCCAUCCAAAACUAGCUCAAUAAAUACAACAGAAGUCAUUCAGCAAAUUUCACAUCGUUCAAGCUCCAGUCCCGAUAGAAAACCAAGUUACAAGAAAUCACCUGACUUGAAGACGACAUCUACUGAUGAUAUUAUUACGGUAGAUGUCGCUGAAAAACAUUCGUUGGUAAGAACUUCCGAAUCGCCGUCACGGCACACGCCACAUCAACCAUCAAAGUUCCAACCUGAUCUACUGCAGCAACCCGAAGAACCAAGACAGCUUCGUACUCCUUCUCCAUCAAAGAAGACCACCAAAGUUACAGAAAUAAGUUCGGAUUUCAUUUCUUCUGAGAAAGAACAAGAAAUUCUAGAUAAAGUCCACAAAUCUGUCAGGAAAAUGUCACCAGAGCGCAAAGAACAUUCACCUAGCCGAGAAAAGAGCCCUGGUAAGACAACGACCAGCUUGCAAGAUAUCGACAUAACUAAACAUACAGAAACAGGCGAUGAAUUUAUAUCUCAAGAUUUCAUUGAAAUUACAGAGAAAUGUACAGUUACUAAAAAACAUACAUCGUACCCUGAAAAAGCAGAAGAUGAAAAACCUAAAGAUCAGAAAGUGCCUCAUAAACAAACAUCUAGGACGGUUUCUCCUACUAAGAAACCGUCGGGAAUCGCUACACCUACUAAAGUAGACAAGAGCCCCGAUUCCCCAACCAAAAGAAGUGUUUCACCAAAAAAGCCCAUCUCUUCAACGGAAAGGCCGCAAUCACCUCAGAUUUCGAAGCCUAGUGGAAUUAAGCCUAAAGAACAGAUACCCUCGCAUUUGACUAGGAAACCAACCCCUGCUACCCUAAAUAUAACUAAAGUCGACAAGACAGCAACUGACAUAAAGAAGUCCACUAAUGUAAAUUCUGUUACGAAACAAAACAGUUUCACUCGGACAACAAAUGCGAGUAAAACAACAACGAAGUCUAUUCCAUCACCGACAGGUCGUCAGAAUGAGCCAGAGACGAAACGAGCUCCAACUCCUAAAGGCAUUAGAGAUAGCAUAAUCCCUAAAAAAGAUAACGAUACAAAGGUUAUGCGUACUAGUAGCGAUCUCACCAUAAAGAAGAAGGUAUCGCCUCAGAGAAUGAAAUCAAAACCAGAAAUACAAGUAAGUGAUAUGUCUACCAAAUCAACAGUAAAAACUACGAAAUCAUCUGUUAAAGAACCACAUUCAAAAUUGCCAAGUAAACCCAAAUCAGCUACAACAUUAAAUACUUCUAUUGAUGAUGAUGACAUUAUUGUUGAUGUGGAGCAAUCUAAGUCAUCCCGGGAGAAUUCCCCAGAUCGCAUCUGUCCUACACCGGUCAAUUUUGGAGAGGAUAUUGGUACUCCGCGCUAUCCUGAUGAAGUAAGUGAGCCUGAUGAUGAAUUCCGCAGGAGAACACAUCACACAAUUCAUGAAGCAGAGUCCAUAGUUGAUGAUAUCGUUGAAAUUUGUGAAGAUGACGAACUUUUUGUUAGAAAAACCGACGUUGAUGUCGUUACUGAUGAAGACGAAAGUCUCCUUAGUGUCACAGACAAGGUAUCAAGGUUCUCGAAAGGUGUUGAUACAGUCCACAAAUCAAAGGAUACUACCACUAUCUUCAAAGAAACUGAAAAAAGGGUUCAUUCCGAUUUUAUUGACGAUAAGUUGAAAUCCGAUGAAUGUUUAUUAUCAGUAUCGGAGAAAGUCAACAAGUUUGCAAAGGGACCAAAGGAUACAAGGGAGAGUAGAAGUCCAUCACGCAGGGUCACAGAUGAGUACGACAGAAACACUGUGUAUCAAGAUGACUACACGAAACUUAGUGUACACGACAAAGCGCAUUUAUUCGUAGAAACUGCAGAAAACGUUAAGAUGCCAAAACUGAAGCCAACUCCUCAACGUGUUGAACGUCCGGACUUAAGUAACGUGGACGACUCCUUAAAGAGCGAUGACUGUUUGCUUAGCGUCUCUGAUAAAGUACAUAAGUUUGUUAAAACAGCUGAGCAAUUUUUGAGUGAAUCUCAUGAGGGCGAAGAAAAUGAGAAGAAAAUUAAGGAACAGCAUGAAAAGAUUAUGCGGAAAAUUGUUACAGAUGUUGAUGAAGACGAGCAAGACAUAGAACGAACUACAUUCACAGAGAACACAGAUGUGGCUAACAAAAGUUCGCCGAAUCAACGUGAUGAAAAAACUAAACCAAAAGAAUCAUCAUCACUUCCGAAAAUUAAGGACUCCAGUAAACCAAAUAUGAAGCCUAACGAAAGGACGCCUACAGUUAAGAUAACUACUCUUCGCAGCAGUGAAGCUGUGAAGAAAGCUAAAGCUCUGUUUGAAAAUAUUGCAACAACAACAACUCAAAAAACAAAAGAAACUGCUCAUGUUAAACCAAGUUCUAGUACCAAGUUGACAGAUAUCGGUGUAAUAAAGAAACCUUCGAAGACCGACUAUAGUACUGUUUUACAUCCUCGUGCUGAAGAUGAAUCUCCUCAUGUAACUGAUGUAGACAGCCAAAUAGCUCAGCCACAGAAGGAUCGUCCAACAAGUGGUAUCACAACUAGACCACGCGUUCCUCAAUCAGAUGACGGUAAGCCACGGAGCAGUCCAUCGCGUUUGAAUAUCCAACCUGCAGACGUUCCUAGAUCUAAAUCUCCAAUGCGUCAAACUAUUGAAACCACAACUACCACCAAAACUAUUGUGUCUCGAUAUCCAGUUUCUCAGAGAGCUGAAUCUCCGAGGCAACGUCCAGAGGCUGAAAAGCCUGAAAAAGUUCCUGGUUACCUUCGACCCACGAAAACCAGUCAAAUCAAAGAAGAGACCAAGGUGAUUGAGGACACUGAAGUCAGCAGCCGACGUGGAAGUGGAAAGUUUGGUGUCGAGCUUCGAAGGACUAGUGUGGAAAGGUCAACAGUUAGCAGCGAGCGGCGACGCAGCGUUGAACAUCCCUGCAUAGAAGAUAUCUUCGACCUGGACCUCCUGGAACAAAUGUUGGAAAAGGUCGUUGGUUACGAGCAGAGGCGACGCAUCAGAUCUCAGAUUCGCAUUGCUAAGAAGAGACUAGAAAAUGAACACACUGAUACUAAGACUUAUACUAAAACUACAAGACAGACUGCCACUACCCAAAAGCUUAGGUCUCCUGAACGCCAAUACACGAGAUCACCAGAACGAAAUGCUUCAAAAGCUACACCACACAAAGUCUCUUCUCCUGACCGCCACACUAAAGCACAGCAAAGAACUAUUCCUGAACGCACACAACCUAAGGACACAGUACAACCAGUACAUAACGGAUACUCCAAGGAAUCCAACAAAACUCUAAGUGACCGGUACCAUAGACCGCAAAGCCCAGACAAACCUACUACGAAGUCUGUGCCAAAUUCUAAAAGUCCCGUACGGCAGCCCAGCCCUGACAAAAAGACUCGAACUCAUUCUCCGAGCAAAACUGCUGCACCGAAACCAAAAUCAAACCGUUUCAAUGAGUAUGCAUCAGCUUAUAUGAAAAAAGUGGGUCUGAGUGAAGCAGACAAGAUCAAGUUUGCUGAAGCGAAAUCCAAGAAAACAGCUGAAGAAAACCAGCGCACGAUUAAACACACAGAACACAAAAUUGUGGAAGAAUACUCAACUGCUAAGAGUUUCACAGACGAAAUUAUAUCUCGGGAUGUGAUUGAGGUGGUCCAACAGAAUGGAACCAAUAAGAGGUCUCCUUCACCAGAAAAGCCGCAGAGUCCUGGACGGAAGGCACACAGUCCAGAGCGAAUUUACGAACGUACGCCAAGUCCUACACAAAAGCAGAAACGAACAGAACCCGCUAAAAAAGAAACUAUCAUAAAAACUGUCUACGAAAUUGAGAAGAAAAUACCACAAAAGCAAGUCCAAGAAGAAAAGCCUUCAUGGGUGACAAAUAGAAAUCUCAAGAAGAUUAGCUCAGAGACCAGAACAUUCAGCAGUAAAAAAAUUGAAGAGAAACCAAAAUACAGAGCCCCCAGUCCUUCUAAAGCAAUCACAAAGCCUAUCGAUGUGAUCACAUCAAGCUACGGACCUGGCCCACUGGACGCUGACGGCAAGCCGUUGUUCGGUAUCAGGGCAUUAAGGAACGGUGCUUCCAACUACCAGGUUAAGGGCACGGUGAUCCGUCAAGAGUAUCACUCCCGAAACGGAGGUGAGCCUGAGGGUACAGUAUCCGUGACUGCUUACUCUACGGAACCCGAGGACCUGGAGCGCCUGCUGCAGGGCCAGGGGGAGCCUCCUUCUCGCAUUCACGGGCUCGCUGCCAUCACAACGACCAAGAAGUUCGGAGGAGACACCGGCACCACUCUGAAGGAAGCGCACGGUAGAGAAGAUCGCGCCGCCAUAGACCAAUUUACUCACAGUGACCGCCGCGUCUCCGACACCAGGAUCGAGGACAUCACUGAGAGAAUCUCUAACAGACGCGAAGAAAUUGCGGGAGAAACCAGACGCAUUGAGAGCAGGCGGGAAGAGAUCAUAGGAGAUAGGAGCAGACAGGCAAGAGAGGAAAUCAUAGACAGUUCAAAAGAUAGAAGAGAAGAUAAAUCAGAGAGAUUGCAACGGCGAGUGGACAAAGUGGAGAAAAAGGGAGAUAGGACACAAGAGAGGAGGGAGAGGAUAGAGAGGACAGAUGACAAGAAGACCGUCAGGCAGAGCUCCGUGAAGUCGCUCACAGAGAAAUACAUCAAGAGUGCCAACGAGAGCAGCAAGGCGGAGCGCGUCACCUACCCGAAGGCAGGCCUCAUCCUGCGCACCUCCACCAUGAAGGACAGCGUCUCCAGCGACUCCUCAGCACACGCUGGUCUAACCCGCACAGACAGCGAGCACAGCCUGGGCUCGGUGGAGGACACGAUGGUGACGACGUCGGAGCGGGUGGAUGGCGGAGUGAGGACGGUCACCACCACCACCCGCACCCACGGCUCCACCACGCACCACUCCCGGCCAGAGAAGUCCUUCCUCGACAGCAACACCAAGGUCACAGGCGUGCAGGACAUUCUCACCAGGAUGAAGAAUGCUGAUAUAGUGAUCCAGGAGGGUGACACGACGGAGGACACGGAGGCGCGAGCCCUGCUGAACAAGUUCCUCGGCGCCACCGUGCUGAUGGCCGGUAUGCAGGGCUACGUCACUGAGAAACCCACUGGCAAGGUCGUCGUCAAACAGGAGACAGUCCGCACGAGCAGUAGUGGUGGCGGCAAGGUGACCAGCACACAGACCAGGAGUAUCGAGGACUUCGACGUAGACCAGUGCUGGGACGAGCGCCUCCUCAGGAAACUCUUGGACGAGUGCAACGACUACGAGCAACGUCGACGACUGCGCGCGCGCAUACGCACACUAAUGGCUGAACAAGAAGCGUGCGCGAGCGCCGUGACGGAGGCCUUGGCGGCGGCAGGUGAAGCUGAAGGUGCAGAAGGCGACAGUCGUGAGGAAGAGGAAGUAACUGUGACAUCGAGCGUGAGGAGGAACUCGUCAGAAAAAACUGUUAGUAGUAGCACCACAACUGUUAAGACAUCUAAAGUGAUAGAGAGUAUGACCAGGCCGGCGCCCAAGCCCGUGUCGCCCUUCGCCAAGUUCCGGCAACUCGAAAAACAAAACUCAACAAACAGUCCCAAAAUGUGAAGCUGGAGAACUUCUCCACGAGUUGGGCGGACGGGCUGGCGUUCUGCGCGCUGGUGCACCACUUCCUGCCUGACGCCUUCGACUACUCCAAGCUCUCGCCUGAGAAACGCCGACACAACUUUACGCUCGCCUUCAAAAUUGCCGAUGAGAAGGCGGGCAUCUAUCCCUUGCUAGACGUGGACGACAUGGUGGCGAUGCGCAAACCGGACUGGAAGUGUGUGUUCACAUACGUGCAGUCCAUCUACCGCCGGUUCAAGGACCAGGACUGACCGCCACCUGUCGCCUACACGCAGCACGUGGACACCGUAUACUGUCACCACGAACAUUCCGAGGCCUCGAGGGGUAAUUGAUUGGACUCCCUUGCAGUCUAAGCUGGCGAUUAUUUUUAGAAGGCUUCAGUAUUUAGUCGACAGUAGUUCUGUCAGCUGAAGUGUCUCCCGUUGCGCAGUAGCGUGCUGGCAGUAGACGGUGUUCACGUCGCCGGGGACUCAGGCGUCAGCGCCGAGUCGGGGGCGCCGUAGUCACAAAUACUAUGUUACGAAGUGUGUUAUAUAAAUCCAAAGAGCGUAUGUUGUUGAUUUGUUCGUUUGUUAUAAAUGUUUAUAUGUCAGUGUCCGCCCAACUCGUAUCUCCAAGCGCUGUCUCGAUACAGUCCUCCUAUUUACUAUUAUCUCAACAUGUGAUUUUUUCUACUUUAGCUUGUAAGGUUAACUAACAUUUAUAUACCGAGCGACUACAGAUAGGUCAUAGCGUAGUGACGCACUGCUGAGGAUCGCUCGCACUUAUAUAUUCACAUAAGAGAGUAGUAUCCUUGUUUAUCAGUGUACAUACUGUUUCACGAUUAUAUUUAACAUAUUUUAUGAAUUUGAUAUUAAUAAUAACAGCGGCUUCAUGUAUUCGCUACUGAUUUUAUGAAAUUUGAUAUUAUUAUAUGAUUAUUAUGUU